AAAUUGGCAAACAUAUGUUUUACGUAGGGGCCGUCCCCAAAACACAGCAAUAGUUGUUAAAGUAUUAUGCUGGUAACUUAAGUUUGCCGACAAGAAUAGAUCUCAAUAACAAUAUACAGCCAUGGACUUUAAGUUCUACAAACUACUUUUAUUAGGCGGCGCCGUGCGCUUGUAUUUCAGUGGCACUUCUUUGGCGUCGCUCAUCGGCAAUCGUGUGGAAUUCGCAACUCCUUUAAACUCGUUCAAGCGAGUGCAAGAGGGUGUGUUCCUGCUACAGCAAGGCAUCGAUCCCUAUCGGGGAGAUCUGGUGCAUGAGACGCCGCUGCUGCUGAAGGCUCUAUCCGGCAUUUUGCUAAAUUAUGCUCAACUUCUACCCAUACUGUACAUACUGCUCGACCUGUGCACGGGCAGCCUGCUGUAUUUCCUGAGCCGUCGCUUCGUUGAGCAAAAACUGCAGGAGCAGCGACUGGAGCGCAAGGACUACGCCAAGGAUACGGAGGAGCUGCAGUAUAGUGCGGAUGAUAACUGCAACAUAUCGGAACUAGUCCUGCUUGCCUAUCUAUUCAAUCCGCUGACCAUCAUGAGCUGCAUUGGACUGACCUCUACGGUGCUGAGUAAUCUACUGCUAGCAAUGUAUCUAUAUGCAAUGAUCAGGCGCCAGCUUCUCGUCUGCCUCGCCCUGCUCGCAUUUGAGACCGUGCGUAGUCUUUAUCCGGUUGUUCUCAUUGCCCCAUUGCUUUUACUCUUUGCCCGUCACUCGGUCUCACGGGGCAUUGGAAUAUUGAUGUUGUUUGCCACUUGUUGUUUGGCUGUUGUCGGUGCGAAUUUUUUGGUCAUGAAUAGCUGGAAUUUCUUGGACGGCACACUUGGAUUUAUUUUCUACUUUCGGGAUCUACAGCCAAAUAUUGGAUUGUUUUGGUACUUUUUCACAGAAAUGUUUGAGCAUUUCCGCACCAUGUUUCUGAUCACAUUCCAGCUUAAUGCCACCGUCCUCUAUUUGGUGCCACUGUCGAUAAAGCUGCGCAAGGAGCCGCUGCUCUUGGCUACUGUGCUCGUUGCCCUCAUGGCUGUGUUUCGGGCAUAUCCCAGCCUGGGUGACGUUGGUUUCUAUUUGGCAUUGCUGCCACUCUGGCGUCGCUGCUGGAAAUUCAUGGCGCACGGCUUUGUCGUCUUCACGUUCUUCCUGAUCACGUUGUCCAUGAUGGGCGCACUGUGGCAUCUUUGGAUAUACGCCGGAUCGGCGAAUGCAAACUUUUACUUUGGAGCCACGCUCGCCUUCUGCACGGGUCAAAUAUUCCUAAUUACGGAUUUGCUAUUUGCGCACGUCAAGCGAGAGUUUUGCCUCUACAAUGGCCAAAAGAUUAUGAUUGAUGGCGAGGAGGCGCGUAUUCUGCUAGAAUAAGAACUGAAGAACACACAAAUAAAGAAAACCACUUUUAUUCCAACUAU